GUUUUUGCCUUUGUUUGUAUUGUUUAUUUAUAUUGCAUUCAUAGCGUUUUGAAAUUGCUAGUGAAUUCAGUUGAAUAAACUAAAAAAUAUUACGUAUUUAUUUCAAUAUCCGUAUACACACCGUUUGGCAAUGUUAAAAUUUGAAAUAGUGUCCUCUCGAAUUGUGGAGGGUGUGGAGAGUGAAAAAAAAUUUGUAGCAUAUAUGUUGCAAGUUAGGAAGGACGACAUAGAAUCAAAUGUUUACGAUGCCGAUCCAUCAAAUGUGGAGCGAAGAUACACCCACUUCCUAGAACUUUAUAAUGGUUUAAAAAAGUGCCAUCCUUCGAUGUUAGGUAGCAUAACAUUUCCUAGGAAGAUGAUGGUUGGAAAUUUUGAACCAAGUUUAAUCUCAACAAGGUGUUUCGCCUUUGAAUCAUUAGUGAGGGCUGUAGCAAAUGAUUCUAGGACCAGGGACUCCCCACCAGUUAUCUCCUUUUUUCAAGACAUUGAGUUAAAUGAAGCAAAGAGACUGAUUGAGGAGAAAAAAUUUGACCAGGCACUAUCAGUAUUGGAAUCGAGUUUCAAAUUAUUAAAUAAGCUGUACACAGAUCGAUCUCGAGUAGUGCUUGGUGCUCUUUGUCGUAUAGUGGGAUGUGCAGAAGCAAGUGGUGGAGCACUUGCUGGCCCUGUCGAGCAAUGGGCUCAAUUGGCUCUAAGACGAUAUGAGGCUGUCAGUGAUUCUGAUCUCUUACUUAUAUAUAUUCCUCUGCUGCAUGCAUGUAUUUCCAUAUGGGAAACAUUAGGACGUGAUAAAACAAAAUUGGUCCACGAACUAAAUGAUCUCCGUAAACGAGGAAUGAAAGUGGACAACGUUCCAAAACUGAUGGAUGCUGUUGACGAAUUAAACAUCACUGUAUGAACACAAAUAAAGGAGCCUUAGUCGGUGUAAGAUUAUGUAUUUAUCAUAAAAGAGUCAAUUUUUUAACACUAUGAUCAUCAAAAGAUUAGAAAUAUUUCUAGAACAUUUUUAUUAAUGAACGACAUAUUGACACCAUCAAAUCAUUGUAAUAUUGAGGGUUAAAAAGGUUAA